AUGGCACUCAUUCAGCCACCAGAAGCAGCCUCCUCACCCCCUAACCCCACCGACACGGCCUGCUCAAAUGCAGAGACCUCCGACUCGCUCCUACCUCCCAGCAAUGGCCCUAUGGAGGUCUUACAGAGGCUGCCUACAGAUGUGGACGAAAGAUCUGUUGGUCUGUCACUCCCCAAAGACGAUGAAGUGACAGUAAAUGGUAUCUGUGGUGGGAACUUCAGUGUCCCUACAUUACCAUCUGUUCUGUUGCCCAAGCAACCCAUCAACCAGACAUGGAAUAUCAGCACAGGCUGUUCACGUCCAAUCCAUGCUGGUCGAGAGGCUACGAGGAUUGUUGGAGGGACAAUAGCUCAGAAGAAGUGGGCUUGGCAGAGCAGUUUACAGUGGAAAGGGAAACACGUGUGUGGAGGCUCUCUCAUUACCCCACGUUGGAUCGUUACCGCAGCCCACUGCUUUGUCAUGUAUAACAUGCUGCUGGAGUCAGAUUGGCAGGUAGUUUUGGACACGCUCAGUCUGACUGAUGCAUCAGCGGGCCUACGCUACAGAGUACAGCAGAUUCAUCAUCACCCCAGCUUCUCCAAAGACACGGACGACUAUGACAUUGGGCUAAUGCUCACCGUAGCUGAGAUAGACAUGGGAGGUGGGGCUCAACCAGUGUGUUUGCCCAGUCCUAAAGAUAACUUCAUCCCUGGGGCACCCUGUUGGGUGACUGGCUGGGGAUCCAUUGAAGAGGAGGGGGCUGUAUCAACUGAUCUGCGACAGGUCCAGGUGGAAGUGAUAGCCCAGUCCACAUGUUCCAGACCAGACAUCUAUGGCUCAUACCUCAGUCCCAGGAUGAUAUGUGCUGGCACUAUGGAAGGAGGGGUUGACUCAUGCCAGGGAGACAGUGGAGGCCCUCUGGUGUGUGAGACACUGGAGGGGGACUGGAGGUUGGCUGGGAUCGUCAGCUGGGGAGAGGGCUGUGGUCGGCCCAACAAACCAGGAGUCUACACCAGGGUCACUCAGUUGCUCCCCUGGAUCUACAAAUAUGUGGAGAUGGACACAUUAAAUCCACCAGGAACCACAACAGACAUUAAUAUAUAUGAUUACCUCUAAUAUUUUGAUUUGAUUAAAUAUGACAAUGUACAUUUAGGGACUAUAAUAUUAAUCAAGGUGUAAAUUAUUUUGCUCAGUUAUGCCAUACCUGACAUGCUAACAUGGGCAUUGACAUUAAUAAUUGAUGCACACAAUAUAUAUCCAUGUAUAUUUUCAUUGAUGAAUCAGCCAUAUGCCACUAAAAGUUUCUAUCUGGAUAAUUGGAAGCUCUUAGUUCCGAGUGGGAAAUGUCACUUGGAUGUUGUUUUCAGAG